AUGACCGACUUACAGAUUGUGUCGGAUCUCCAUCUUGAGAAACCGGCUGCCUACGAUGUAUUUGAGAUUCUACCUAAGGCACCAUACUUGGCGCUUCUAGGCGACAUAGGCGUCAUCACUGAUGAGGGAUUCUUCCCUUUCAUCGAGAAGCAACUCGAACAGUUCAGAAUCGUCCUUUUUCUCCUAGGCAACCAUGAACCAUACCACAAUACCUGGGAAGAGACAAAGGAGUGCGUGCACAACUUCUCUAUUUCAAUAGAUGAUCGGCGUUCUAGAGAUGAGUCGCUCGGCAGCUUUGUCUUUCUAGACCAAACUCGGUACGAUCUUUCAUCCGAUAUCACAAUCUUAGGAUGUACAUUGUUCUCGAAGGUUGCCGAGGAGCAUAGCGAGAAAGUCAGUUUUGGUUUGAAUGACUUUUACUAUAUCAAAGACUGGACGGUCGAGAAUCACUCUGCUGCUCAUGAAGAGGACCUUAAGUGGCUUAAUGGCCAGGUUGAGCGCAUCACGACCGAGGAACCUCAGCGCACCAUAAUUAUCUUUACUCACCAUAGUCCUCUCGGGGGCGAUGAGCGUGCUUCUGAUCCAAGACAUGUUAAUAGUCCGCUAUCUUCUGGUUUUGCAACGGAUCUAUCGAGGGAAGAAUGCUGGAAGAAUCCGCGGGUAGCCCUGUGGGCUUAUGGUCACACACAUUACAAUGUUGAACUCGUCGAUGAUACAACAUCAAAGAAAGUCGUCAGCAAUCAGCGAGGGUAUUAUUUCUCCCAAGCAAAGGGCUUUGAUGUGGGGAAAGUCGUUCAGAUAUCUCGUAUUCCGAUUUAA